UGGAUUCACUUCUCAAUGACAAGCUGCUCAGAGAGCACCUAUCAAACCAAAUGUGUUCAUCCGCUGCUUCCUUUUCCCUUUCAGGGCAUACUGCUGUCCAUCAGGAGAAGUAAUUAAUGGGUUUAUUAUGUAUGAAAGCGUCAUCCCAUCAGUGUGCUGUCUGAUUUGAAUAGCUCAGAGCUGCUCUUCAUUCAUGCCAAGUAUGCUCACUGUCCGGAGAUAUUGUAAAGCUGUACUUCUUUGGGGAUUUUUCCCUCUCUAUUCAAUAACAGUGUACCAGAACUAUGUUACAGAAGCACCAGGAGGACAGAAGAAGAAAUCCCUUCAUCCUCUACAGAAAGGAAGCUAACGGACUGAAAAGUUGGUAAAGGGAAGAAAAACAAGGAAAGCAAGAGAGUGCAAGAGAACAUCCAUGCUUGUAGUCCAGAUAAUUUCUAAAGCAACUUGAUUCGGGAGCUUGUAUAAUUCUGAAACAUGGACAGAACUUUUCCAGAAGGUAAAACAUCUAUAGGAAGAAUCAGGAUUUCUCAUUGCUGAGACAUUCAAUGAAUUUUUAAUAAGUUCUGAAUACUCAAGUUGUCCGUGGUCAGAUCAACAGCUAGUACCAGAAAAAGGCAAAAUUCACCCUCUAUUUCUAUAAUCCUAUCCAAAUGGAAUCUUCAUCUGUUGCAUGCUGUCCUAACUAAUGCUAUAGGAUCACCAGGAAUACAGCUAUAGAGACACUGCAAGAAAUUACAGUGCUGAAAACACGACAGGAAGUAGAGAAGGCAUUUCAGGUAUCGAAGCUUAAUAUUUCCAACCGGAGUUCAAAUUACUGAGCUUCAAACAAACCACUGCCAGAAGCUGUCUGAGAAGAGGUGAGAUAGAAAAGAGAACAGUCUAGAACCUGAUUUACUCCUAAUGUAAAUUCUUGCGCCAGGAUGGAAGGAGACUCUUACCACAAUGCAAGCAUUGUCAAUGGCACCCCAGUACACCACCAGCCUUUGGAACGCCAUGGGCUGUGGGAAGUCAUUACCGUUGCCAUUGUGACGGCUGUGGUAAGCCUGAUCACCAUCGUGGGCAACGUCUUAGUCAUGAUCUCCUUCAAAGUCAAUAGCCAGCUGAAGACAGUUAACAACUAUUACCUGCUCAGCUUAGCCUGUGCAGAUCUCAUCAUUGGGGUCUUCUCCAUGAACCUCUAUACGACCUACAUCCUCAUGGGACGCUGGGCUCUGGGCAGUCUGGCUUGUGACCUUUGGCUUGCACUGGACUACGUGGCCAGCAACGCUUCAGUCAUGAACCUUCUGGUGAUCAGUUUUGACCGUUACUUUUCUAUCACAAGACCCCUGACGUAUCGGGCCAAGCGUACCCCAAAGAGGGCCGGCAUCAUGAUUGGCUUGGCCUGGCUGAUCUCCUUCAUCCUCUGGGCCCCAGCGAUCCUGUGCUGGCAGUAUUUCGUUGGGGAACGCACGGUACCACCAGAUGAGUGCCACAUCCAGUUCCUCUCUGAGCCCACCAUCACUUUUGGCACUGCCAUUGCCGCCUUCUACAUUCCUGUCUCUGUCAUGACGAUUCUUUACUGCCGAAUCUACCGGGAAACAGAGAAGCGCACCAAGGAUCUUGCUGACCUCCAGGGCUCUGACUCUGUGGCUGAAACUGAGAAGAGAAAGCCAACUCACAAGGCUCUGCUCAGGUCCUGCUUUAGCUGCUCUCGGCGGACACUGGCCCACAGGGAAAGGAGCCAAGCUUCCUGGUCGUCCUCCCACAGGAGCAUCUCCACCACUGGGAAGCCAUCCCAGGUCACCGGCCCAAGCACCGAGUGGGACAAAGAGGAGCAGCUCACUCCCUGUAGCAGCUACCCUUCCUCAGAGGAAGAGGACAAGCCCACCGCUGAGCCUGUUUUCCAGGUGGUCUACAAGAGUCAGGCCAAGGAAAGCCCAAGGGAGGAAUUCAGUGCUGAAGAGACCAAGGAAACUUUUGUGAAAGAUCAAACUGAAAAAAAUGACUAUGAUACCCCAGAAUACUUCCUGUCUCCAGCUGCUGCUCAUAGACCCAAGAGUCAGAAAUGUGUGGCCUAUAAGUUCCGAUUGGUGGUAAAAGCUGAUGGGACCCAGGAGACCAACAACGGCUGUCGCAAGGUGAAAAUCAUGCCCUGCUCCUCGCCAGUGUCUAAGGACCCUUCAACGAAAGGCCUCGAUCCCGCCCUCAGCCAUCAAAUGACCAAACGAAAGAGAAUGGUCCUUGUCAAAGAGAGGAAAGCAGCCCAGACCUUGAGUGCCAUUCUCUUGGCCUUCAUUAUCACAUGGACCCCUUAUAACAUCAUGGUCCUCGUUUCCACCUUCUGCGACAAGUGUGUGCCAGUCACCCUAUGGCACUUAGGCUACUGGUUGUGCUAUGUAAACAGCACUGUCAACCCCAUUUGCUAUGCACUCUGCAACAAAACUUUCAGGAAGACCUUUAAGAUGCUGCUUCUCUGCCGAUGGAAAAAGAAAAAAGUGGAAGAGAAGUUGUACUGGCAGGGGAACAGCAAGCUCCCCUGAAAAGUUAAUAAGUCCCCUCAAAAGAAAGACCAUGUCAACUUCCUCUGAGCAUGGGCAAGCUGAUUCUGGUUUGUUUGUUUUCAAAACAGGUAUCUGUCAUGUUGAGUUCCUGAGGACUUUGUGAAGGCUCAAAGUCUGUGGCCAAAAUGAAGGAGUCACAGCUGCCACAACUGCUGCCAUAUUGAAUGAUUCUUGUCUGUGACUAAGGUUACCUGGUGCCACUGGAGUUUGCCGUUGAAGAAACAGACUCAUGGCCCUUCACAAGAGGCGGCAUGCUGGGUCACAAUGAACAAUGACUGAGGGAGCUUUUGGCUAACCUUCUAUGAGGAACAGCAGGGACAAGUUGGAAACCUGCCAGAGAGUUUUGUGCCAUACGUAUGUGUCUAAGAAGUUGUCUUGUACCAGUGAGAACCAGAAGAAUGUAAGUCAGUGUCACCUGUUAACAAGAGUGGUAUUCAACCAGCUUCUAAGGCUAUCUUUAUAAGCUGAUCAGUAUUUAUUUACAAAGUAUUUAUUACAGAGCUAUUGUGUGUUCUGUACUGUGGUAUGUUUUCCUGUCCCUACAUCUAAGCGAAGCUCUUCACCUUCACAACCAAUGCCGAUUUCUGGUACCCACUGAAACCAUGCUGGUCCCCACAGAACCAUCCUUCCUCGCAAAAUCCUGGGUCUGGAAAGACACUGAAACCAAACCACACCCAGUCCUACAGAGGGGCCUCUAUUCUGCUAAUAAAGAUGAUCAAGUCUCCGAAGUCAGUUAUUCUAGUUUUUACCAGUGGGAAUUUUUCCUUUUAUCUAAACAAAUACUGUGUGUUCUAUUUUGUGUCCACUUGAACCCAUUUAUUCAUGCUCUGUUCUUAGGAAGACUAGCUGUAAAACAGCCCUUCACUGGGUAAAGAUCUUCUCCAGCCUACUCCAUCAUGGUUCUCUGAAAUUGUUUUCAGAGGUCUUACCUUCUAAUCCCUUCACAAGGCAAACCUGAGGCAAAAUGCAGAAAACAAAUCUGAGUUUACUUCAUGCUUUUGACCUUCUUCCAGGGCCCUUCAGCAGACUCCAAUUCACACCCAGGCAGAAGCAGGUCACUGCGCAGCCUCUAGCCAAAAGCGGAGGGCAUAGCAGGAGAAAGGUUUUCUUAUUUUUUUAUAGAUCCUGCAAUCAUGGCUCAGAAAUGACUUACUUAUUCAUUCCUCUCCAAAUUCAUGGUCAAAGAUGAGAAGU